UCCGCCUAACUCUGGCUAAACCUCAGCACGAAGGGCUGGACGAGGAGUGGAUAGGAAGCCGGGGAGGGAGGGAGGCUGCAGGGCUCUCCAGCACAGCUACGGCAGAGCCCGGACAGGCUGAAGCCAUGCUUUUCCUCUGGGCACUGGCAUUUGUUCUAGUCCUGCAGGACCAAGAUCCUUUAGCUGCUGCAGAUCCUGUCAGUAUGGCACCUGGAAGUUUGGAAAGAGGAAGCUGGUGUAAUGAACAUAUGCUCCAUGAACGCUUAGAUAUUAUUGAAGAGAAGGUAAUAAAAACUGUGGAGCACCUAGAAUCAGAAGUCAAAUCACUCCUCAACAUCAUCAGUGAGACAACACUGAAUAUCCCCACCGUUCCAGGAACUCCACUGAUAGACAUUUUUGAUGAUACCAGCUGAACACUGUGAAGACAGAAGACAGCUGAAUGUAACUGUGGUUGUCAUAAACAAUUGCCCUUCUAAUCAUUUAAUAAGCUUGUGUUUCCAGAAUUUGUGCAGGGUGAACAAUACUCAGCUGUAGUUUGUCUUCUGUGUUGCUGUGCUUUAUAAUAAAGAGGUAUUUGCUUUCAGA